AACGGACAAAAUCAUUCACUCACAAGUCACAAGCGAGAGCUCAAAGCAUAGAGCAGCAAACCCAAUCGCUGGUUUAAUAGUAAGUACAAAAUAAAUGGAAAAUCUUGUUGUCUGUAAUAAUUGUCCAGUGGUAGUAAAAAAUUCAUUAAUCUCAAAAAAGCCCCCCUCUUCACCUAAAUCUCCUCUUCGCCAUCUACGCUCCUUCUCAUCCUUGUUCAAUCGCAGCGUGACAUUAAGGAUGGCUCUCCCUCCCUCUGGCCAAAACCCAGUUGUUGAGCAGCAGAAAGUGAUCAUAUCAAACAAACAUGGUGAAAAACUGGUGGGCUUAUUACAUGACACUGGAUCCAACGAGAUUGUUAUAUUGUGUCAUGGUUUUCGUUCCACAAAGGGAAACGAUACUAUGGUGAAUCUUGCCAAGGCAUUAGAAAAGGAAGGAACCUCUUCCUUCCGCUUCGACUUUGCUGGAAAUGGGGAAAGUGAAGGUUCAUUUGCGUAUGGUAGUUAUUGGAGAGAGGCUGAUGAUUUACGUUCUGUAAUGGAACACUUCCGUGGAGCAAGCCGUGCCAUAAGUGCAAUUCUUGGGCACAGUAAAGGAGGCGAUGUGGUGCUCCUAUAUGCUUCCAAAUAUCAGGAUAUCACUACAGUAUUCAAUGUUUCUGGCCGUUAUGAUCUGAAGAGAGGCAUUGAAGAACGGAUCGGAAAAGACUUUAUGGAAAAGAUCAAACAAGAUGGAUUCAUCAAUGUUAAGAAUAGAACAGGAAGUGUUAUUUAUCGUGUGACUGAGGAAAGUUUGAUGGAUCGCCUGAAUACUGAUAUUCAUAAAGCAUGCCUUGUAAUCAAUAAGGAAUGCAGGGUCUUCACUAUUCAUGGAUCUGCUGAUGAAAUCAUCCCAGUGGAGGACGCAUUAGAGUUUGCCAAGAUCAUACCAAAUCACAGUCUACACAUCAUAGAAGGAGCAAAUCAUAGCUACACUUCACAUCAAACUGAAUUAGCAGCUGUUGUUUUGAAGUUAAUGAAGGCAACCUUACAGCAGGACUAAGGGUAAACCCAGCUAGGUAGUGGUGCGCGUCAAGAUUCUAGAUUGUAUUGAAAUCGUAAACAUCACUUGUAGCACAUCAUGGUGAUAAUUUGACUUGGAAACAAUUUGCUGAUAGUCAGCUCACCAUGGUGUUCGGCAUCCAAAAAACAAUUGGUGAUGAAGCAACUACACGUCCGAGUAUGAAAAUUUCGAAUCCGAUUAUUUCA